AUGGCAUCCGUUGCUGCUCGUAAAAGAUUAACCAAAGAAUACAAAGCAAUUGUAGAAAACCCUCCACAAUUUAUCAUAGCUAAACCAAAUGAAGACAAUAUUUUAGAAUGGCAUUAUGUUAUUGAGGGUCCGCCAGAUACACCAUACUAUGGCGGUCAGUAUCAUGGUACUGUAGUAUUCCCACCUGAGUAUCCAUUUAAGCCACCAGCUAUUAGGAUGAUUACCCCUAACGGUAGAUUUGAGGAGAAUACUAGAUUAUGUUUAAGUAUGAGUGAUUAUCAUCCAGAUUCUUGGCAACCUAGUUGGGGUGUUGCUACUAUAUUAACUGGGUUGUUGAGUUUCAUGACUGGAAAUGAUGUAACUACUGGUAGUAUUACCACUAGUGAUGAAUACAAAAAAAAACUAGUUGCCAAAAGCAAGUUAUGGAAUGCUAAACAAAAUAGAAGAUUUCAAAUUAUUUUUCCCGAAUUGGUGGAGCAAAACUUGAAAGAAAUUGCAGAGGAGGAGGAAAGACUAAAACAACAAGCUACAGACAAAAAGAAAGAAAAUGCGAGUUUAGCCAAACUCUCAUAUAAUUCUACCACUAGCAUCGAAGAUGAUUUAAAAGAAGGUGCCAAAAAACAAUUAGAAAAGGCAGCUAAUGAAAAAGUCAUUAAUUUAGAUGAAAUUGCAGAUCCUGAAGAUAGGAUAAGGGCUGAAGAAAAACUAGAAAAAGAAAGGAAUAAAAACCGUAACAAUGAAGCAAAAAUGAGUAAUUCAGUUAAUGAAAAAGAUAGUAGUAAAAGGGAAAUAAACACUUAUGACAAAGACAACGAUAAGGAUUCACUUAAAGGAUUUUUUAAUAGAUUUUUUUCCUUUUUGAUAAUUACUGUAGGGAUAGCAUUCUUACUCAAAUACUUGAAAUGA